GACGCGGGGGAAGAGCGUCUUUUUCUCAAAUGCUGACGCGUUUUUCUCGCGCGCUAUGGUGCCUUAUUACGCACAUUUUCGAAGCUGCCACCAAUUCGCACCUCGACCGUCAGAUCGCAUCCAGCUUUAACAAGAUCCUGCCAGGAGGAAAGAAGACAUCAGAAUGACCUCCUCACAGAAUGCAUCCAACAUAACGGCCAACACCACCAACCAGUUCGUGCAGCCGCCGUGGCGCGUGGCGCUCUGGUCGGUCGCCUACAGCUCCGUGCUGGCCGUGGCCGUGUUCGGGAACCUCGUCGUCAUAUGGAUCAUUCUGGCUCACAAAAGAAUGAGGACAGUGACCAACUACUUUCUUUUGAAUCUGGCGUUUUCUGACGCGUCCAUGGCCGCGUUCAACACUUUGAUAAACUUUAUCUACGCUGCCCACGGCGAGUGGUACUUUGGAAAUGCUUACUGCAAAUUCCACAACUUCUUUCCGGUCACAUCCGUGUUUGCCAGCAUCUAUUCCAUGACAGCAAUAGCUGUGGACAGGUACAUGGCCAUCAUUCAUCCUCUGAAGCCUCGUCUGUCAGCGAAGGCCACCACAGGGGUGAUUGUGUGUAUCUGGAGUCUGGCCGUGGUUCUGGCUUUCCCCCUCUGUUUCUUCUCUACCACCAAAGCUCUGCGCAACAGAACACUGUGCUAUGUGGCCUGGCCCCGAAAGGCAGAGGACACCUUCAUGUACCAUAUCAUCGUGAUUGUUCUGGUCUACGUGUUGCCUUUGGUGGUGAUGGGAAUCACUUACACCAUUGUGGGAGUGACGCUGUGGGGAGGAGAAAUCCCAGGAGACUCGUCUGAUAAUUACCACGGACAGCUUCGAGCCAAAAGGAAGGUGGUGAAGAUGAUGAUUAUUGUUGUUGUGACUUUUGCCCUCUGCUGGCUGCCCUAUCACGUCUACUUUAUCGUGACGGGCCUGAAUAUGUAUCUGCUUAAGUGGAAGUACAUCCAGCAGGUUUACCUGUUGGUGCUGUGGCUGGCCAUGAGCUCCACCAUGUACAACCCCAUCAUCUACUGCUGCCUCAACAGCAGGUUUCGUGCUGGGUUCAAACAAGCAUUUCGCUGGUGUCCAUUUAUAAAAGUGUCCAACUACGAUGAGCAGGAACUUCGUUCUACACGGCUGCACCCGACGCGCCAGAGCAGUAUGUACACGCUGUCACGAAUGGACACCACCACGGUGGUGGUUUACGACCACGCGGAGGGCGACGGCAGUGUGGCGAGUGCCUGUGGCUCCACAAGAAAAUACUCCCAGUCCAGCAAGAAGAGGAGCUACGUCACAUCUCGCCAUGCAGACAUCACCGGGUGUAACGGCAGUGGUGUGAAGACACAAAAUGGAGAUGUAACUAAUGCUCAGGCUGAGGAAUUCUCCUAAAUGGGAAACUCCAAUGAAUGCACGCAAAGUUUUAAACUAACACACAAACCACA